CAUUUAUAAAUCUCACAUUAAAACCUAUCAAAGUUGUUGUGGUUUUUUACGCCUCAGCGAAUGUAAAAUACCCUAGCUGACAGCAGCUUUGCGUGCAUCGUGAAUUGGUAUCCAUUUAGUGUAUAUUUUAGCUGACAUUUUAUUUUAUUUCAGCACUAUUUGAUUUUCGUUUUCCUUCGCCAUACAAGAGAGCUUUCAACUUCAUUUUGACAAUACUAAGAGGACCUUUUUUAUCGAAUUAUAUUCUAAUACAUGGAUUUGGGAUUAUUUUGAAUGCAUUUCCCUCAUCGGAUUUGUAUUUAAUUGCUAACAAACAACAGUAAACUGCCUUGUUCUUUAGAAUAAAAUUUCUUGUGUGGAAAAAUACAAUCUUAAAUCAGUCGGCUUCCCCAUCAAAGUAGGCUAUGGAUGGACUAAAUGAAUAGCGCUUGUGCUAUUUUGUAUUGCUGCAAACUUCUAUUUGAGAGAGGUCUUGUUAUCGGCAAAGAUCAGCCAAUCCGAAGCCGACCUCACUUCCUCACAGGUGAUUCUUCCGUAGCAUUUUACAUGCGAUGAAAAAACGCUUUCAGUAGAUAAUUUAGCAAGUGCAUCUGAGCAGGCAUCUCUUGUUUCUAAGCGCAAAACUCCAGGCGUGCUAUUUCCCUUGCCAAUCCCUCCUUUCCGAAAUGCUGGAAGACCCCAGAAUGAGAAUGUCCUUAAUGCCAGAGAAGAGUAUUCGCGGUAACAAUGUAUGUCAUCCUGGCGAAAAAGUAGACAACCCAGAGACUAAAUACUAUGGAAACGACACAAGAAAACAGAGACAAUUAAGCGAGAACGCUUCACCAGACGAAAAAAGUUCAAGCUUUGAUAUGGCUAGCGAGGCGGCGAAAAGGAAGUUUUCAGCUUUGCUUAGCGUCAUAUGUCGCACGGCGAAAAAAUCAGCGAACAAAGUCACUAGGAUUCGUAAAGGGAAGCAAGGUGUUGAGGAUACAAAAAAGUCAACAAGAUGCGAUAAUGCUACAAUCCAGGCUGCACAUAGUUAUGGCGCUACUGCUAGCGAUCAAGGAGAGCCUGGAUUUAAGGAAACUUAUGAGCUUCUCCAUUUAAUCGGCCGAGGGGGAUUUGCGAUGGUUUACGCGGGGACCAGAGUUCGUGAUGGAAAACCGGUUGCAAUUAAAGUCAUUCCCAAAAACAACGUCUACUUUUUCGAAGAGGUCGAGGGUAUAUCGGUACCAAUGGAAGUGUACCUUCAUCGCGUGCUAGAUCACCCUAAUGUCGUUCGCUUGUACGACUACUUCGAGUAUAACCAAGCGUAUGUACUAGUUCUGGAAAGGCCGACGCAUUACAGGGACUUAUUCGACUACAUCACCGAGAAAAAACUACUUUCCGAGCGUGAAGCCAAGGACAUAUUCAAACAGGUUGUUCAUGCUGUGGCGUAUUGCGAGGGAAAAGGCGUCUUUCAUAGAGACAUCAAAGAUGAAAACCUGCUACUAGAUACAAAGACAGGGCAAGUCAAGCUGUUUGACUUCGGCUCUGGCACUGUACUAGAGAACACACUGUACACAGACUAUGAAGGAACGCGAGCGUACUGCCCACCCGAGUGGUUCCGAUUCCACCGAUACCACGCGCGCCCGUGCACGGUCUGGUCUCUUGGAAUACUCCUCUUCAACAUGCUCUCAGGGGACGUGCCCUUUGCCAAUCAGAUCGAGAUCGUUCGCGGGGAGCUCAACUUUGCAGAGAACGUCAGUAAAGAGGCCCAGUCUCUUGUUCGAUGGCUUCUUGCGAAACACCCCUCGUACCGACCCACCCUUGAGAACAUCCUUAAGCACCCGUGGCUCGGAUCCGUUAAAUAUCGCCGCUCCAAGUCACCUCAGGCCCGGUGUCAUACCUUCCCAGAAAAUUACUUCCCGGAGCCUGAUGAAUACCCCCAUAGUCCGACAAUUAUAGCGUUUAACAGAAAUAGAAGGCAUUCGAGCACUUAGAGGUAUUAGCUCACUUGAACUUAUUUUAAAAAGUACUAUUUAUGCGAAGAAGUAGAAUUGAGUUUAUACAGCACUAGGUGGUAGGAUUUCUUUACUAGACCGAGUUUUUGGACAUGAUUAUGCCUGGGGUGUUGUUAUUUUACCAGGGAUCUAAAGCCCGAUGAAAAAGGCGCCAACAACGGCAGCAUUUCUGACGCCGUGUUGCAAGGCUAAAGGCAAGACAAAGGAAAUGCUAGCGAACUUCUUUGAAGCAACUGGUCAGCGAAAGGUUGUAUACCGUACGCUGUUUAUAGAGAGCGUUAAUUAAGUAACAUGUGACCGAAAGGCGAUCUAAUAACUGCGCGUGGACGUGGAUGACUAGAAAAAAAGUACUAUUUUAUGUAAGGAGGAAAACGAAGUGAUUUAUAGGUGAGGUUUUGAUACAAGAAAGAUGGGGGUUCUACUAUUCUAGUUUCUAUAGUGAUGACAAACGCUAACGAUCAUAAUGAUAAUGGUCAUGGUUAUGAUGAUGAUUUAUAUGUUAUCUCUUUAUUAUUUUAUAUUUUUAGAGUAACUCUUAUGUCAAUAUUUUUAUUGUUUAACUAUUAUAUGACAUUACACAUAAAGUUAACGUUGUAAAUACUGUAGAUGUAAGCGUUAAUUAGAAAAUGUAAUAUCAAUAGAACAGCAGUGGAUAGUCUAAGACAAUGAUUUGCCUAAUCGUCCCUUAAAACACAUUUUAUGAAAUAAAUUUUUUUUUUGAAAAA